AUGCAGCUGCUGGCCACGGCAACCGACGGUUUGGUGGAAGAGCGACGCCCAGCAAGAAGCAAGACAAAGACAAAGCUGAGGCGCAAGGAGAGGGAGUCAGAGGUGGCCGACGUUUGCUUAGUCGUCGGGUUAAGCUCAGUCAGAAUUUCGAGCGAGGUUCGCAACGGCACUGCCCUGGGCAUUUCGCAAUUGCAGCGGGCGAUGGUGGGCGCCAGGGCGGCAGCGCAGCGCGUCUCUUGGGCGCUGGAGCCCGCUGGAGGCACCGCUGCAAGUCCCGCUGGCGACAGGCUGGGUGGCUAG